AUGGAUUUCCAGGGCCAGCUUGCCUUCUCACUGGGGGUAUUGCUGUGCUGUGCUCUUCAGACAUCUGCCGUUCAACAUCCUGCAUCUCACAACUGCACCAAUGAUGGUCAAAGAAUAUCCUUCAGCCACUCCUACAAGAUUGACUUGCCCAUGUCCUCCCAGAUUACAGUGGAAGCAGAUCCAUUACAGCAUGAAGAUAGCAGCGGGGUACAGCUAGAUCCUGGAGAGGCUGAGGAAAACGAAGAGCAGAAUAUAAUCUUUAGGCACAACAUCCAUGUGCACACACCCAAAGGGGACUGUGAAACUUUGACCCACGUUAAGGGUCUGUUUGAAAGGAUGGAGAAGCUUGAGAAAGAACUGGCAGAGCUGAGAGAGGUUUGCAGCCCUCAGAAGUGCUGUGGGGGAAGCCAAGGUGUGUUACGUUGCAGCGGCCACGGGACUUUUCUCUCCGAGACCUGCAGCUGUAAGUGUGCCGAGGGCUGGGAGGGCAGCGACUGCUCCCACCCCACCUGCCCCAGCCAUUGCAGCGGCCGUGGGCGCUGCGAUGGUGGGAAGUGUAUCUGUGAUGAACCUUACUUUGGUGAGGACUGCAGCCAUCAGCUCUGUCCUGAGAACUGCAGCGACCACGGAAUCUGUGACACAGCCCAAGGGGUCUGCCAGUGCUACGAGGAAUUCAUUGGAGAGGACUGCAGUGAGAAACGGUGUCCCGGGGACUGCAGUGGCAAUGGGUUCUGUGACACGGGAGAGUGCUACUGCCACGAUGGCUUCGUUGGCCUUGACUGCUCCCAGGUGCUCGCUCCUCAGAACCUGCAGCUGCUGAACUCCACAGAGAACUCUCUGGCUGUCAGCUGGGAUCAAAUGAUUGAUGUGGAUAAUUACCUCAUUAGCUAUUAUCCAGUAGGGUAUGAGACACUGGUGAAACAAGUCCAUGUGCCCAAAGAGCAGCUCAGCUAUGAGAUUGUGGGUCUCCGCCCUGGCACCACGUACAAUGUCACACUUCACCAUGUGAAGAAGGGGACUGCCAGUGAGCCCAAGUAUCUAGAAGCAAGUACAGUCCUGUCUGCGCUCAAUGCCAUCUGGGUGACAGAGGAGACGGAGCACUCCCUGGAAGUGGAGUGGGAGAACUCACCAACAGAUGUGGAUUAUUACAAGCUGAAGUUCAGAUCCCUGCUGGAGAUGGAUGAGAAGCAGGUCAUGGUGCCCAAAAGCAAUGACCCUAAGAGCAGACACAUCAUGACUGGCCUGAAACCUGGUACAGAGUACGAGGUCACUGUCAUACCCGUGAAAGACAAUACAGAGGGAAAACCAUCCUCAGUGAGUGGUAGGACUGGAAUUGAUGGCCCAACCAAUGUGGCAACUGACCGAGUGACAGAAGAUACAGCCACUGUCUCAUGGAAUAAAGUUGAGGCUCCCAUAGACAGGUACAUGGUGAGAUACAGCUCAGCUGAUGGAGACACCAAGGAAAUAGAGGUGGGGAGUGACAAUGACAUCAUCACCUUACUGGAUCUGAAGCCAGGCAUGGAAUAUGUCAUCCACAUCUGGGCAGAGAAGGGACCCCAGCAGAGCAAGGAGGCAAGCACCAGAGCUGUAACAGAAAUCGACAGCCCAACUGAGCUGUUGAGUGACCAAGUGACAGAGGAUGUAAUUACCAUCUCCUGGAACAAAGUCCAGGCUUCGAUAGACAGAUACAGAGUGAGCUACACCUCGGCUAAUGGAGACACAGAGGAGAGAGAGGUGGAGAAAGACAAGAAUGUCACUACCUUGGCAGGACUGAAGCCAGGCGUGGAGUACGUCAUUCACAUCUGGGCAGAAAAGGGGGAACAACAGAGCAAGAGGGCCAGCACCAAGGCUGUGACAGAAAUCGACAGCCCGGCUCACCUGGUGACUGACAGAGUGACAGAGGACACAGCCACCAUCUCCUGGGACAGGGUCCAGGCUCUCAUAGAUAGGUACAUGGUGAACUACACCUCUGCUGCUGGUGACACCGAGGAGAUGGAAGUGGGAAAGAAUGAGACUACCACAACUCUGAAAGGACUGAAACCUGGCAUUGAAUAUGUCAUCUUCCUCUGGGCAGAGAAAGGAACCUGGCAGAGCAAGAGGAUCAGCACUGAGGCAGUGACAGAAAUGGACAGCCCAAAGAAUCUGGUAACUGACCAAGUGACAGAGCACUCGGCCACCAUCUCCUGGGAUGGCGUCCAAGCUCCCAUAGACAGGUAUAUGGUGAGCUACACUUCUGCUGAUGGGGACACUGAAGAAAUAGAAGUGGGGAAGGACAGGAGCGUUACCACCCUGACAGGACUGAAACCAGGCAUGAAGUUCACCAUCCACCUCUGGGCAGAGCUGGGCAGCAAGCAGAGCAAGAGUGCAAGCACUGACAUACUGACAGAGAUUGACCCUCCCAAAAACCUCCGUGUAUCAGAUGUGACUCAUUCUACUGGCGUGGUUACCUGGACUCCUCCUGCAGCACAGAUUGAUGGCUACGCUCUGAUCUACCAGGGUGAAGAUGGCACAAGCAAGGAAGUACAGCUGGGUCCUAGCGAACAACGGUUUGUGCUGGAAGGACUGGAACAAGGAGCAAGCUAUACCGUCUUUGUGAUGGCCUAUAAGGGAGAUCACCAGAGCAGAAAGACAGACGGUACUUUCUCAACAGUUAGCUUCCUCUACCCGUAUCCCGCGGACUGCAGCCAGGCGCAGCAGGACAGAGACGCUUCCAGCGGCGUGUACACCAUUUACCUCAACGGGGAUGGCAGCAGGCCGAUGCAGGUGUACUGUGACAUGACCACUGAUGGAGGCGGGUGGAUAGUGUUUCAGAGGCGGAGCACUGGCGAGGUGGAUUUUUACAAACGCUGGAAAAAUUAUGUGGAAGGCUUUGGAGAUCCCACUGGGGAAUUUUGGCUUGGUCUUGACAAGCUGCACAAUCUCACAAGCAGCAGCCCCAUCCGCUAUGAGCUCCGCGUGGAUUUGCGGACAGCCACCGAAUCUGUCUACGCUGUCUACGACUUCUUCCAGGUUGCCUCGAGCAGGGACAGAUACAGGCUGUCGGUGGGGAAUUACAGAGGCAAUGCUGGGGAUGCAAUGACGUACCACAACGGCUGGAAGUUCACAACAUGGGACAGAGACAACGAUGUGGCUCUCAGCAACUGUGCUCUGACGCACCAUGGCGCGUGGUGGUACAAGAACUGCCACUUGGCCAACCUCAAUGGGAAAUAUGGGGAGAGCAAGCACAGCGAGGGCGUGAACUGGGAGCCAUGGAAGGGCCAUGAAUUCUCCAUCCCUUUUACUGAGAUGAAGAUCCGUCCUCAGUCUCCCAGUAAUGAGCCAGUCCUGGGGAGGAAGAAGAGGUCAUAA